CAGCUUUAUGAUCCUGGUGAUCUUUGCUGGUGCCGGAGCAGGCCUUAUCCUGUUGACUAUUUCUGCCAUCGACAUGAAUUACGCCCGAGAAGCCUAUGAUUCCUAUGAUCCCUAUGAUUCCUUUGAUGACUUUUUCACCACUCUGGCUCCACCUUCACGAGAUGUUCGUAGGGAGGUGAAGGCUCUGGCCACCUGUAUGCUGGCCCUGUCUAUUGUGGAGGGGAUUAUUGCCUGUAUUUCCUUUGGAAUCACCUGCCAUGGCCUGUGUUGUAGGAGCACCCAGGGAACCGUCAUAACAACCGUCCCAGCUGUCGCAGCGGUCCAAACGCAGCCAUCAGUGACUGUCACCAGAACUGUCACAACUUCUCCAUGCCCACAGUAUGGUUACGAUCAAGGAAUGAUCCACCAAGCUCCUACUGGAUAUGGACAACCACCCCCGGCUUACUCUGCUGGUCCUCCUCAGCCUCCUGCCUACACAAAUGUUGUGUAAUAUCUCUACUGGACUCCCUCAGACCCCUGCUUACACAUACCAACACUGGGUUAUAUAUCAUGGAGCAGUCCUGGUUUUUACACUGUUGUUGUAUAUAUUUUCCAACUCUUUUUGAUGAAAUGACACAUAAAAGGAAGGAAUCUUUGAAGUUUGAAGAGACUGUGGCGGAGAGUUUGUCAGCUGGUUCCACAGAUGCAGCAAUAUAUUUUAGUAUUUGUACACGAGACUGUAACUUUGGCAUUCACCCUCUCUCCAAGCCUCUGUCAAAUCAAGCUGUUUGAUAGCUUAGUUUCCGUUUCAUAAAUACAAAGUUAAUGAACAUAACUUAUAAUAUAGUUAGGCCAGACAAAAUUAAUCACAAGGAGCUGCCACUCUCUGAAAAUAAGUUUUUUAGUAGAUUAAAUAUACCAAAUGCAUUUUUUCAUUUUAAGAAAAAGGGGAAACUGAUUUCUUCAAAAUGAGGAUUGGCCACACUCGUUAACCAACUAAACAACUUUGCCUGGUCUUAGUAAUAGAUUCUUGCUGAUAUCUGACCUAAAUAUCAACCAGUGUUGACAUUUAUUGAUGACAGACUUUAAGACAUGUUCCAUACAACUUGUUUACUAAUUUGGGUAUUAUGAAUGAUUCAAAUAAUUUUUCUAUUUUGGGUACGGGACAGUUGUAUCUCCAGGAACUUGAGUAGAUGUCCUAAUUUUUUCGCUAAGAUAUACAAUUUACAUUCCAGAAAUUCUUGUUCCAUUUAUAUAAUUUUCUAUUUUUGAAAUUGUUAAAUGAUACAAUAAUACACAUACUGUAAGAAUUCACUUUUUUGUAUUAGUUCAAAAAUGCUAGAUUAUAAAGUUGAAUUAUAUAUUGUUGUCACAGACAUGUUGUUUCAUUGUGUGAUCAACCUUUCUAAAAGGAGAAGUCUAACUGCCAUGAUCAUUACGUAAACUGCAUAAUUAUGUGAUUUUCUGUUUUUUAUUUUUGUUGGCAUGCUCCAUUUUUUGCAGUGUUAUUGCUUUGUUUGGUUUUUGACGUGUUUUUUAUUUGUAGUUAGUGAAAUGUCACUAACUUUAAAAUAAUCUGAUUUUAAACCUCAGCAUUUACCAUUUAGUGCUUCAGUAGGUAUUAUACCAUGUCAGUGUUUUCCUGUUUUAUUUUUAUUUUUUCGAAGAGAUUACAAGUUGCUUGAUAUAUUCGUUUUGCUAUAUUUGCAAUCGUUGGUACAUUCACUUACUAGUAGAAUAAUUCUGCUUGACAUGCAUAUUGCACAUAUUAAUUUUUUAACAAUAUUCAGAUUUUGUGAAUUAGUUCUUUCUGUAACGAUAUAUAUACAUAUUAAUGUAUCCCAGACAACUGUUAUUGUUUGUGUACAGGGUUUUGUGCAGGGCCGGGGGGUGGGGUGGGGGGGCUGUUCAAUAUUAUUUUAAAGAGGGGAUACAUGGCUACAAUAUCCUCUCCCUGUAUGAUAGAUCUGUCAUUGUUUUGUGAUGUUUAUCCCAGAUGUGAGAUUUAUAAUCUGUAUUUAACCGUAGCAUUUUUAUUUUUACAGUAAGUGGGUUAUUGUUGCAAUAAUAUAUAUAUAUAUGUUUAGGAAGUUGGGCCAU